UGCUGAUAUUCCUAACCUAUAAUUUUGAUAGUGCAAUCGUGCAAGUUGUCAACAAUUAAUACUAAUUUAAAAUAUAGUUUAAAAAAAAUUGUAUAAUUGUAUUAAGUCUUAAUUUUAAUCAUGUCUUAUCAAUUAUACAGAAAUACAACAUUGGGAAAUACAUUACAAGAAAGUCUAGACGAAUUAAUUCAGUAUGGACAAAUUACACCACAGCUUGCAAUUAAAGUAUUAUUACAAUUUGACAAAGCUAUUAAUCAGGCACUUGCAACUCGAGUUAAAUCAAGGCUUACGUUCAAGGCUGGAAAAUUAAAUACGUACAGAUUUUGUGACAAUGUGUGGACAUUUAUGUUAAAUGAUGUUGAAUUUCGAGAAGUACAAGAAGUGGCCAUUGUUGAUAAAGUUAAAAUAGUUGCUUGUGAUGGAAAAACAUUGGACGCGGAUGCAGCUCAAAAACGAUAAUAUAUAUUUUGACAAUUUUUACAUUAAACUAAUUUUCCAUGUAAAUUUUUACAUAUAUUUACUAUUUGAAAGAAUUUUUCGAUAAAAAAAAAUGAAUUGUAUUUCAAUAUAAUAUAUGUGCCAAAAAGAGUUUUUAAAAAUUUGCUAAUUGAUAGUUUUUCUUCUGAAAAAAAUAAAUAAGUGUUAAAUUUA